UGUAAACCAAGUUCAUGAACCAACUUUUCCAAAACCAACCCAUCAACCCCUAUAUAAACUUCCCCACCCCAAUUUUUUUCCCCAAACCACUCACUCUCUUUUGCGUUCUCAUCAUAUCUUCCUAUUACACUCACUCAACUCAAACUCUAUACACCCACGAUUACACUUCCAUUUGUAUACACAUACGCUAAUAAUGUGCGCAGAAGAUGAUUUUGAUGCCAGUUUCGCUCUCAUGAAGUCGAUAAGUCGUCACUUGCUUGGUGAGUUUGAAGCUCCGUCGAUUAACUCCGGCGAUAACCCCACAGACUACUGCUGGGUUAACGACUUGUUCCCUUGUAUCAUCUAAUCCAAGGAAGAGCUGCCUCUGAAGGAGAACCAGUCGGAGGACAUAGUUUCGCUUCCAACUCCAGCGGUGGCGACCACCGCCACUGUUACCGAAAUCAGUAACUUUUCGGAAUCUGUUGCGCUACCUGAAACGACGGCGGUGGAGUCGAAGGGGUGGCGAUACAGGGGAGUGAGGAGGCGGCCGUGGGGGAAGUACGCGGCGGAGAUUAGGGAUCGGGCCAAGAAUGGGGCUAGGGUUUGGCUGGGGACCUAUGAGACGGCGGAGGACGCCGCCGUGGCCUAUGACAUUGCGGCGUAUAAGAUGCGCGGGUCACGUGCGCUUCUGAAUUUUCCGCUCCGGAUUAAUUCGGGUGAGCCGGAGCCGGUGCGGGUGACAUCGAAGAGAUCAUCGCCGGAUCAAUCUUCUUCGUCGUCAUCGGAGAAUGGUUGUUCAGGGAAGAGGAGGCGGAAGAAGGUGGUGGCGAAAGUGGAGCCGGUGGUGGUGGUUCCACCUCCUAAGUUGAAGGAAGUAGUAGUAGGAGGAAGAGAGAGUGGAUUGGAGACAAUACAAAUACAAUUUGGCCCCAAUUAUUCCACUUGGUCCAUGGCUUCUGAGUUCUGACCAAGGGCUGUUUGGGAUUGUGCAUAUAUGAUUUUUUGUUGUUUAACUGAUCCUUUUCUUGGAUCAGAAUUUUUUUGUUUUUGUUUUUGUUUUUUUUUUUUGUUCUUACGGAAAACAUUUGUACAUCUCAUGAAAAUGAAUGAUCCUUUUGAGCAUUUGAAAUGCGAUAUCUCUCAUCAUUUUAUCUCUGAA